GGGCGGGGCGUGGGCUGCGGCGCGCUAGCUGAGCGUCCGGCCGAACACCGCCGAGGCCCGAGCCCACCCGAGUGUGCCCGAGCCGUCGGCCCCCGCCCGGGGCGAUGGAGCAGGAACCCGGCGGGGCUGCCGCUGCGCUCCUGCGGCAGAAGAGGGCGGCGCUGCGGCGCAGGGGGUGCAGCUUUGAGAGUCCCAGCACAGCACCUCAGCCUCCAGGCCCACUGAUGGAUCCACUGACCAAGGGGUCCUGUGGGAGUCAGCUGGCACAAACCCUCCUCUGGAAAGCGAAGUCAUCUCUCUCUUUCGGCAUCCAGCCCCUUCAGACUUGGCCAACAAAAGAUCCUGAACUAGAGUCCCAGGUCAACCUCUCUGUCUCAGAAGACCUAGGCUGUAGACGUGGGGAUUUCAGUAGGAAGCAUUAUGGAUCUGUGGAGCUGCUCAUCUCUAGUGAUGCCGAUGGAGCCAUCCAAAGGGCAGGAAGAUUCCGAGUGGAGAAUGGCUCUACAGAUGAGAGUGCAGCUGCUCUGCCAGGCACUUGGCGAAGGACAGACGUGCACUUAGAAAACCCGGAGUACCACACCCGGUGGUAUUUCAAGUACUUUUUAGGACAAGUCCAUCAGAAUUACAUUGGAAAUGAUGCAGAGAAGAGCCCCUUCUUCUUGUCUGUCACCCUUUCUGACCAGAAUAAUCAGCGUGUCCCUCAGUAUCGUGCAAUUCUUUGGCGGAAAACAGGUACGCAAAAAAUAUGUCUCCCCUACAGUCCCACAAAAACGCUGUCUGUGAAGUCCAUCUUAAGUGCCAUGAACCUGGACAAGUUUGAGAAAGGACCUAGGGAAAUUUUUCAUCCCGAGAUACAAAAGGACUUGCUGGUUCUGGAAGAGCAGGAGGGCUCUGUGAAUUUCAAAUUUGGGGUUCUUUUUGCCAAAGAUGGGCAGCUCACAGAUGACGAGAUGUUCAGCAAUGAAAUUGGAAGUGAAGCUUUUCAAAAAUUUUUAAAUCUCCUCGGUGACACCAUUACUCUAAAGGGCUGGACAGGCUACCGUGGCGGUCUGGACACCAAAAAUAACACCACAGGGAUCAACUCAGUCUAUACUGUGUACCAAGGGCAUGAGGUCAUGUUUCACGUUUCCACCAUGUUGCCAUAUUCCAAAGAGAACAGACAGCAGGUGGAAAGGAAGCGCCACAUUGGAAACGAUAUUGUCACCAUCGUGUUCCAGGAAGGAGAGGAGUCCUCUCCCGCCUUUAAGCCUUCCAUGAUCCGCUCCCAUUUUACACAUAUUUUUGCCUUAGUGAGGUAUGACCAGCAAAAUGACAAUUACAGGCUGAAAAUAUUUUCAGAAGAAAGUGUGCCACUUUUUGGCCCACCCUUGCCAUCCCCUCCGGUGUUUACUGACCACCAGGAAUUCAGGGACUUUUUGCUUGUGAAAUUAAUUAACGGUGAAAAAGCCACUUUGGAAACCCCAACUUUUGCCCAGAAACGCCGGCGUACUCUGGACAUGUUGAUCCGCUCCUUAUACCAGGAUUUGAUGCCGGAUUUGCAUAAGAAUAUGCUCAAUCGGCGAUCUUUUAGUGAUGUUUUACCGGAGUCACCCAAGUCAGCACGGAAAAAAGAGGAGGCCCGGCAGGCCGAGUUUGUGAGAAUAGGGCAGGCCCUGAAGCUCAAGUCCAUUGUGAGAGGGGACGCCCCAUCAAGCUUGGCAGCAUCAGGGAUGUGUAAAAAAGAGCCUUGGGAGCCCCAGUGUUUCUGCUGUAAUUUCCCUCAUGAAGCCGUGUGUGCAGAUCCCUGGGGCCAGGCCUUGCUGGUUUCCACGGAUGCUGGCGUCUUGCUAGUGGACGAUGACCUCCCAUCCGUGCCCGUGUUUGACAGAACUCUACCUGUGAAGCAGAUCCACGUGCUGGAGACCCUGGACCUUCUGGUUCUCAGAGCAGACAAAGGGAAAGACGCCCGCCUCUUUGUCUUCCGGCUCAGUGCUGUGCAGAAAGGCCUUGAUGGCAGGCAGACUGGAAGGAGCAGAUCUGACUGCCGAGAAAACAAGCUGGAGAAAACCAAAGGAUGCCACCUGUAUGCUAUUAAUACUCACCACAGCAGAGAGCUGAGAAUCGUGGUUGCAAUUCGCAAUAAACUGCUUCUCAUCACAAGGAAACCACACAACAAGCCAAGUGGGGUGCCAGGUGUCUCACUCCUGUCUCCCCUGUCGGAGUCUCCUGUUGAGGAAUUCCAGUACAUCAGGGAAAUCUGCCUGUGUGACUCCCCAGCAGUGAUGGCCUUAGUGGAUGGACCAACGGAAGAGAGCGACAACCUCAUCUGUGUGGCAUAUCGCCAUCAGUUCGACGUGGUAAACGAGAGCACAGGAGAAGCCUUUAGGCUGCACCAUGUGGAGGCCAACAAGGUUAAUUUUGUUGCAGCUAUUGAUGUUUAUGAAGAUGGAGAAGCCGGCCUGCUCCUGUGCUACAACUAUAGUUGCAUCUAUAAAAAGGUUUGCCCCUUUAACGGUGGCUCUUUUUUGCUUCAACCCUCGGCAUCGGAUUUCCAGUUCUGUUGGAACCAGGCUCCAUAUGCAAUUGUCUGCGCCUUCCCAUACCUCCUGGCCUUUACUACCGACUCCAUGGAGAUCCGCCUGGUGGUGAAUGGGAACCUGGUCCACACGGCAGUUGUGCCACAGCUGCAGCUCGUGGCCUCCAGGUCAGAUAUAUACUUCACAGCAGCCACGACUGUGCAUGAAGGCUCAUCUGGAGGCAGCUCAAAGGGAGCCAGUGCCCACACGUCUCCUCAGACACCACCAGCCCGGGACACUCCACUGUUUCCUUCUUCCCUGGGGGAAGGUGAAAUUCAGUCUAAAAAUCUGUACAAGAUUCCACUUAGAAACCUUGUGGGCAGAAGCAUCGAGCGACCUCUGAAAUCACCCUUAGUCUCCAAGGUCAUCACCCCGCCCACCUCCAUCGGCCUUGGAGUCGCUGCCAUUCCUGUCACGCAUUCCUUGUCCCUCUCCCGCAUGGAAAUUAAAGAGAUUGCAAGCAGGACCCGCAGGGAACUGCUAGGCCUCUCUGAUGAUGGUGGAACCAAAACAGAGGGAGCACCAAGGGCCAAAUCAAAAACCCGGAAGCGGUUGGAAGAAAGCCAAGGAGGCCCCAAGCCAGAGACUGUGAGGUCAGCUAGUAGUGACAGGAUCCCAUCAGGAAUUUUGGAAAGUCCGGCAUCAGAAGCCAAUCCCGAGGGCCACAACCACUGGGCAAGUUCUGAGCAGGACGCUGGGGUGGAUAAAGAGGGCAGCCCGGGCUCAGGCAGCAGCCCCUUCCAGCUCAUGGCCUCCUCAGAGGAAGACAUCAUUGACUUGAAAUAGAGUCUAUGCCCUAUUGGCCAUCCUUAGUUUUCUUACGCAAAUUUAUACUGUUCAAGCAGCUCCAACGUCCAGUCUCAACACAGCGCGCCUUCGGCCAGGCAGCGAUCCACGGACCAAACCUCCUGCGCCCUCAGCCGGUGGGUCACUUCUCCAGUGUCCAGUGCCAUCUUUCUCGACCCUGUUUCUUUCCAUUCAAGAACCGUCGGUCCCCUUGUAAUAAAGGUGGUAGAUUUCAUUAAGGUUUUAGAUCAAAACUUUGAAUAAAUCAAAAACGUUCAUUCUUAUUCUCUGCAACCCUUCUCAUAUUUUAUAGGUUUAGAUGGAAAUUAUUUUUUUCGAAAAUUUUGACUUAUGUCAUAUAAUGUUUCUUUUAUGGAAAAAAAGAUGCUGCUUUUUAAUUUUACUAUAAUAUAAAUAAGCUUUCUUUCUUG